ACUGCAUUUGCAGUGCUCCGAGGGUCCAGAGCAGAGCAGAUCCCGGCUCAGUGAGAAGCCCUCCAUCCUCCAGCCGCGUCAGGGUGAUUGUGGUCUGCCUGUCACCUCUCUCAGCCACUGCCAGCCUGAGAGCUCUGCUGUCAGACAGUCCAUCCUUCAGCUGAGCUGCUCCUGGAAACAGUGUCAACAUGGUGCGUGCAAGUGGCUUACUAACUGGCGUAAAGGACCCAGUUGCACUGAAGAGCAUUGCUGUGACUCUGUCCAUCAAUGACUUUGUGGCUGGUGUGUCUGCAACCUUAAAUUAUGAGAAUGAAGAGAAAGACCCCUUGGAGGCCUUCUUUGUGUUCCCCAUGGAUGAAGACUCUGCUGUCUACAGCUUUGAAGCCUUGGUGGAUGGGAAGAAAAUUGUAGCAGAGUUGCAGGACAAGUAUCAGGCCCACAAAAGGUAUGAAGAGGCCCUCUCUGGGGGAUACCAGGCAUACCUGUUAGAAGAAGACAAGUGCUCUAGGGAUGUCUUCCGUUGCAACGUGGGGAACAUGCAGCCAGGGUCAAAGGUGGCACUCACCCUGAAAUAUGUGCAAGAACUUCCUCUGGAAGAUGAUGGGGCCUUGCGUUAUGUGCUCCCAGCAAUCCUGAAUCCUAGGUAUCAUCUCUCUGAGCAAUCUGUGGACAGUUCCCUGGAUCUGAAGACCCCAAUAGUUCCUUUGGAGGACCUGCCAUACACGCUCAGCAUGGUUGCCACCAUUAGCUCCCAGCUUGGAAUCAGGACAAUCCAAUCCAACUGUCCCUUGAGUUCCAUUGACUACACUGGAGAGGACAAGACCUCUGCUCAGGUUUCCUUGGCUGAAGGACACAAGUUUGACCGGGAUGUGGAACUCCUGAUUUUCUAUAGGAAGGUGCACAGCCCCAGUGUAGCAGUGGAGAUGGGGAUGCCUGAAAGGGAAGCAGAUAGUUUGAUGGGUGCUCCUUCUGCAAUGGUGAGUUUCUAUCCAGAUAUCCCAGAAGUGGAGACUGCAACAAAAUGUGGAGAAUUUGUGUUCAUGAUGGACCGUUCAGGAAGUAUGAAGAGCCCCAUGAGUGGCCAGAACAGGGCUCAGCUGAGAAUAGAUGCUGCCAAGGAAACUCUGAUUCUGCUACUGAAGAGUUUGCCUAUGGGCUGCUAUUUCAACAUCUAUGGAUUUGGAUCCACCCAUGAGGCAUUCUUUCCGAAGAGUGUGAAGUACACUCAGGAAACCAUGGAGAAAGCAGUGGAGAAAGUAAAACUUAUGCAGGCAGAUCUGGGAGGGACAGAAAUUUUAACACCACUCCGGAAAGUUUUCAGGAAACCCCCCAUUCCAGGGCAUCCCUUACAGGUCUUUGUCUUCACAGAUGGAGAAGUUGCUGAAACUUUUAAUGUAAUCAGGGAAGUUAAAUUUCACAGCAAAAGGCACAGGUGUUUCUCUUUUGGUAUUGGAGAAGGAGCCUCCACCAGUUUAAUCAAAAACAUUGCCCGGGUGUCAGGGGGCACUGCAGAAUUUAUCACAGGCAAUGACAGGAUGCAGUCCAAGGCUCUUAGGUCCUUAAGACGUUCUUUACAGUCUGUAGUAGAGGAUAUCUCUCUGAGCUGGAAUUUGCCUCCUAACCUGUUUGCACACAUGCUAUCUCCAGAGCAAACUGUUAUCUUUAGGGGUCAAAGGUUAAUCAUCUAUACCCUGCUGGUUGGACAGAUACCGGAAGAAGCUACAGGUGAGGCCUGUCUCAAAUACACUCUUCAUGGCAAAAGUUAUGAGGAAAAGGUGACAUUUUUCCUACAACCCAAGACUGAUGACAACCUCACUGUUCAUCGUCUUGCUGCAAAGUCCAUGAUCCAGUCCAAAGACUUUGGCUUCAGAGAGACAACACUGGUACUUAGAAGAGAUGUGUUGGACAUCAGUUUAGAGUCUGGAGUCAUGAGCUCCUUCACAGCCUUCGUUGCCAUCAACAAGGAGCUCAAUGAGCCAGUCCAGGGGCCCCUGGUUCAUAGGGAGAUUCCAAGGCCAAUUCUCUUUGGAGGUUCCUCUACAAGGCCAAGAAAUUCUUCUGAUGGUUUCCCCAAGGUUUUACCCUGCUCCAGUGGUCCUGUAUCUCAACCUCCGAGGAGUAUACGCACAGGUUUCUGUGCAGUCAUGGCACAAAUGCCUGAUGGCGCAGCAUUUCAGCCUCAUUACAGCCAGAGCAUGAAAUGCGUGAUUCACACAGAUACUCGCCCAGAGCUGCCCAACAUAAUCAGAUUGCACACUUGCUCACAACAAGGGAGUAUAGAGCAUACUGUUGCACAGCUGAUCCUUCUCCAAAAUGCAAAUGGUUCCUGGGAUAUGAAUGAGGAUUUAGCCAAGGUUCUAGGUGUUAGCUUGGAAGACAUAACGGCUGCACACCCUACUGAGGUACUGGAACCCUCAGCGUGGGCUACGAUGCUGGCUGUGAUCUGGCUGCACGCCAAUGGCAAAGAGUUGAAGUGUGAGUGGGGCCUUCUGGAAAGAAAGGCUGUGGUGUGGCUCCACAACAAUGCAGUCCGUGGCUUCACCAAUCUUAUGCGUACUGCCAAUAACUUGUUGAAGACAUCUGUGAAAUCCUCGGUCUUCACUUUAAAAGACUGAUGCCCAGGAGAAGGAACUCUGUCUUUCUGCCUCCUGCCAAGUUCUUCACCUCUUCUGCUAAGAUGAAUUUUUGUCUUGAGUAUUUUAUGGCCUGUGUCUUACUAUAAAAGUGAAGGGUGAGCAUACUGCUUUGACUGUCUGUGUUCUAGCUCCCUCUGGAUAUAAGUGUCAGUGUCUGUGUGUCCCCUCUGACAAGCGCUGGUAGCCAUAGAAACUAUUUCUUAUUCUGGAGUAGUUGAGAACAUGUGCAUAUAGUAAUGUUUCUCUCUGCUUUUCCAAACAGUUACACUCUGGUCUAAGGACUGUGGCCCUGCUGCUAGAGAAUGCCUGGAUUAAAUAACUUUCUUCUUUAUCCCUUUCUUGCUCCCCUUUUAUUUUAUCUGAUAUAUAUAUAGUCAACGAUGAUUUGAGCUUUCCCAAGCUUGGAAGAAGUUGGAGAUAAAUUGAAAGCCAGCUUCAGGGGCAAUGUAACUUCAAGAUCACAGAGACUCAAGGUUUACAUUUUGCCCAUUGUUACCACUGAGAACAUUCUUGACGCCCCCCUUAUUGUCACUCUGUGCACCAUACCUUUCUUUUUUUUGGCCUAAGUUUUGAGUUGAGUCAUAUUUGUAAAUAGAUGUCCAUCCCUAAUCAUUGGUCAUCCUGAAAGAAGUUGGUAAUGAAGUCGUUAGAGCUAGCUUUAACCCACUAGGUCCAUGAGCCUGGUUGUGGCCUUAUGUACUUAGAAUUAAUGUAUGUGCUGAGACCUGAAUAUAGUUUUGUUUUCAGCCCAUGAAAAGGGCGGUUCCGCUGAUCUCUCAAACACUUACUUUUCACAUACCCUAUCCUAGUAAAUGAGCUUACUCCCCCAGAUUACUGUUUUACCAAUAUUAAAAUGUCUAUUUGAACUGUGA